AUGACGUCACCACUUAUCGGCACUCGGCAGUCCUCAAACGCCCCGGGCCAGAUAAUGAGGAGUCAAGGGGAGGUCAUGGGCAGGAAGUUCAUGGUAGUUUAAGUAUAUUUUCCCGACGUCAGUCGUGUGGAAAAAGUGAGGUUUUUGACGCCUUCCUUGUGUUAAAACAAGGCGAAAACAGACAACUCAGUGGGCGAUUGCAUGGGUUCAGCGUACAUUGGAAGAUUAAAAAGAUCAAGGGACAGCGCACAGCCAACAUUAAUGAGGCUCAACGGAUUAUUAAAUUGAACGAUAUUUGUUUUUUUUAUAAAUAAUCACUGUAAGUUGGCAUUGAUUAAAAUGAGGCUUUUACGGUUUCUUAUGAAAUCCGCAUCAAUCGAAAAACACAUAGAUUACUACUCCAGGUUUUCACCGUCGCCUCUUUCCAUGAAACAGUUCUUAGAUUUUGGGACGGAAAACGCCUGCGAAAGAACAUCCUUCAUGUUCCUGAGACAGGAGCUGCCAGUAAGGUUGGCAAACAUCAUGAAGGAAAUAAACUUGCUGCCCGACAACCUGCUGAAAAUGCCUUCUGUUAUGCUGGUGCAGAGUUGGUAUAUGCAGAGUCUUGAGGAAAUACUACAGUUUAAGAAUAAAGGCGCUGAUGAGAAAGUUAUAUACGAUUUCACAGAUGCUGUCAUUAAGAUCCGCAACAGACACAAUGAUGUCAUCCCCACCAUGGCCGAGGGGGUGGUGGAGUACAAAGAGGCCCACGGCAUGGACCCGGUGACCAGCCAGAAUGUGCAGUACUUCCUGGACCGUUUCUUCAUGAGCCGCAUCUCCAUCCGGAUGCUGCUGAACCAACACACUUUACUCUUUGGUGGAAAGGUUCCAGCAAACCCUGCCCACCCUAAACAGAUUGGCAGUAUUGACCCCAACUGCAAGGUCACAGAAGUGGUGAAGGAUGCAUACCAGAAUGCUAGAAAAUUAUGUGAUCUGUAUUAUAAGAACUCACCAGAGUUGAAGCUGGAAGAACUGAACGCCAAAGAGCCUGGAACGCCCAUAAUGGUGGUGUAUGUGCCUUCUCACCUUUACCAUAUGGCAUUUGAGCUUAUUAAGAAUGCCAUGCGGGCCACCAUGGAGUUCUGCAGAGACAAUGAAUGCCCUGAAGUUCAUGUACACAUCACCCUUGGGAAUGAAGACCUAACCGUGAAGGUGAGCGACCGAGGAGGGGGUGUGCCCUUGAGGAAGAUCGAUAGGCUAUUUACCUACACCUACUCCACGGCCCCCCGACCCCGCAUGGAGACCUCCUGGGGGACCCCCCUGGCUGGCUUUGGUUAUGGCCUGCCCAUCUCACGCUUGUAUGCCAGAUACUUUCAAGGUGACCUGAAGCUGUAUUCCAUGGAGGGCUAUGGCACCGAUGCUGUGAUAUACAUCCGGGCAUUAUCCACGGAGUCCAUAGAGAGGCUUCCGGUCUACAACAAGUCCGCUUGGAGACACUACAGGACGAUUCACGAGGCCGACGACUGGAGCGUGCCCAGCAAAGAGCCCAGGGAUGCGGCCACUUUCCGAGGAUCCUAAGUCUGAAGCUGGAGUCACAUCGCCAUGCUGCAGACUGCAGGGACAGAAGGAACAAGAGACCUUUCCAUUAUUCAUAAUUUUCCACGAGCGAGUGAUUGACAAGCUCCUUUAAGAAGAGAAAGGUUUUAGCGUAUUCAGCUGCCUACGCCUUACUGGUGGUUUUUUUUUAUGCUACCAUUAUGAUGCUGUGAGUGUGAAAAUGCAGAUUUAAGUUUUUUUUCUUAAGAUAUGUGAAUUUUUGCUGUAGUGGUAACCAUUUCCACGGUCAGACAUUUUAGAUAUUUCUUUUGCUGCGGCUGAAUGAGCAGGUCGCCUGCCAUGGUCACUGUUCACAGUGCAGGUACUCAUGAAACGCAUGAUGAAAGCUGGACUGAAUGUGCUUGCCAAUUCUAGCUACGAAGUAUUGUCCUAUCAGGGCUUUUGGGCCUGGUGGUUUCUGUCGUACCCCUGCUGUUUGGUUCAGAUACAUUUUUUUAUCUAGAAAUGAAUAUUUCUUGCCUCGAACACAUGGGAAAAUUUGCCUCUGAGCAGGAAAAUAGGCAUUUAUACCCUGUUCCCACAGAAAGCCACAUUGAUACCCACAAGAUUUUAACAGAUAGACUCUACAAUGCUGGUAAGGUACUAUUGCCCAAAUGUUGCUUUAAAACUUACUUUCAAUUCUGAAGCUGCUUUGAUGUGCAAAGGUCAUAUGGCUUAGCAUUUAACAGAUUAAUGUAGCUAGAGGGUUAUAAUGUGUUUUCAUUUACCGGUAUUUGUUUAAUAAGCUUAUACAGUAUUUUCCAUGUAUGGUGCCUUCAGGGCAAGAAGGUACCUUUGAUAAGUAAAACUGCACAGUUUACCAUUUU